AUGAAGUUCACCCUGGGCCUGGGGUCGCGGGCGUGGAGAGUGUCUUGGCAGCUGACGGCGGCGGCGGCGGCAGGCCCUGGGGCGGGCGGCGGCGCUCUCGGCAGCGGCGCACGGCGGCAGAACCGAAACGCGCACCCGCAGGACCGCAGUAGGACCAUCAUCUGCUUGUUUAGGUUUCUCCGAGAGGCCUUGAAAUGCAUAGACACACCAAAAGUCGCGAAGGGGCACGGAGGGCUAGAACUCGGGGUGACACCCUCCGCGGUCCCUACGCCCUCACCCAGGACCCGGAGCCGGACCCAGGCGACUUGCCCUUGGACCCCGAGCUGUUUGGAGGCCCCCGAGUCACUUUCGGAGGCGCGCCAUGCAGUGCUUCGCCCCGCGUGGCCAACCUUGGCUAACCCGCCUGUGUUUUCUCCCUCCCGCUCACUCUCGCUGGGCGCGUCCGCAGAGCAGACGUACGGCGAGGUGAACCAGCUGGGCGGCGUGUUUGUCAACGGCCGCCCGCUGCCCAACGCCAUCCGCUUGCGCAUUGUGGAGCUGGCGCAGCUGGGCAUCCGACCCUGUGACAUCAGUCGGCAGCUUCGCGUAUCCCACGGCUGCGUUAGCAAGAUCCUGGCGCGCUACAACGAGACAGGCUCCAUCCUGCCCGGGGCCAUCGGGGGCAGCAAACCCCGCGUCACCACCCCGAACGUGGUCAAGCACAUCCGGGACUACAAGCAGGGAGACCCUGGCAUCUUUGCCUGGGAGAUCCGCGACCGGCUGCUGGCCGACGGCGUCUGCGACAAGUACAAUGUGCCCUCCGUGAGUUCCAUCAGUCGCAUCCUGCGCAACAAGAUUGGCAACCUGGCGCAGCCCGGGCCAUACGAGGCAAGUAAGCAGCCACCGCCGCAGCCUGCGUUGCCCUACAACCACAUCUACCAGUACCCCUACCCCAGCCCUGUGUCGCCCUCGGGCGCCAAGAUGGGCAGCCACCCCGGGGUCCCGGGCACAGCGGGCCACGUCAGCAUCCCCCGUUCAUGGCCCUCGGCACACUCGGUCAGCAACAUCCUGGGCAUCCGGACGUUCAUGGAGCAAACAGGGGCCCUGGCGGGGAGCGAAGGCGCCGCCUAUUCCCCCAAGAUGGAAGACUGGGCGGGCGUGAACCGCACGGCCUUCCCCGCCACCCCAGCAGUGAAUGGGCUCGAGAAGCCUUCUUUGGAGGCGGACAUUAAAUACACUCAG